GUCGGCUCCUCAAUCGCUCUUGCGACACUUUCGAGUUCGACGAUCACGGCUAAUUUAUUGAUUCUGCAUGCCUGACAAGUAAAACUUGAUUAUAGUUAAUCUACGAAUACUAAUAACGAUCGAAUAUAGGGCUUGUUUUUGAAGCUUCGGUUUCGUAUUCUUGCGAGAUUUGGCAAUACUGUUGGCACAGCGCUGCUUCAUGUUAACGCAGGUAGUGAACACCUGUUGUAGCGUAGGCUGUAUAUUCGUUUCAAAAGCAUCUUUAAAAAAACGGGAAUGGGUUUCUCUCUUUCGGCGUGUAGGCUAGGUGAUUGCCUACGAGAGAUUUGGUGUUUCGGCUUCAGACAAAUUUCAAAUCUUGGUGGUUUUAUAAUUAGUUUUAUAUUACUUCCUUGAGUAGGCCACUCAGCUGUGAAGUAAAAUGAGUGUGCUUAUUUGGAUUUUAUGGAGUGUCAUCAUCAGCAGAGGUGUGUGUGAUGUUGCUACAGAUGUGCCCGUGUCAGUGACGGUGGGUGAAUCUGCCACUUUGGACACUGGAAUUAUAAGAACUCAAAAAGACAGAAUAAGAUGGUAUUUUAACAACAAUCGGAUCGCUGAACUCAAUGAAGGUCAGAUGAAGAUCUGCACAGAUGAUGUGUGUCCUGAAAGAUUCAGAGGCAGACUGCAGCUGGACAAUACAUCUGGAUCUCUGAUCAUCACAAAAGCCAAAAAGACAGACUCUGGACCGUAUCAACUGCAGAUUAACAGCCGUAGAACAGAAAAGAAAUUCAUCUUUACUGUCCAGGGUCCCCUUGGUGCUGAUACAUCUGAAUCGUCAGUGUCUGUGAUGGAGGGAGAUUCAGUCACUCUAUGCACUGGUGUUCAAACAAACCAAAACAACAGACUUAAUUGGUAUUUUAAUAAAGGUCGCAUUGCUGAAAUAAUAGGCUAUCGGCAUAAAAUCUGCACAGAUAAUACAUGUCCUCAGAGAUUCAGAGACAGACUGAAGCUAGACAGUCAGAUUGGAUCUCUGACCAUCAUGAAGGUCAGCACUGCAGACUCAGGACUUUACACACUCCUCCACCGUGGCAGAGAAAAGAACUUCAGGCUUGUUAUUCUUGACAAUUCUUCUGAAGAAUUGGAGAACUUGAAGCAGAAAUCAGUGCCAGAGGGAGAAUCUAUCACUUUAGACACUCCUAUUAAAACAACUCCAAAUGAUGUGCUGAAGUGGUACUUUGGUAAGAUUCUCCUUGCUGAAAUCACCGGAGAUCAAAGUCGGAUCUGUGAAGAUGUUGAGUUUAAAGAUGGUGAAGAGGGAUUCAGUGACAGACUGAAGGCGAAUCAUUCAUCUGGAUCUCUGACCAUCAUGAACAGCAGAAAAGCUGACUCUGGAGAAUAUACACUACUGAUCAACAGCACCAGCUUCUACAUCAGUAGGAGAUUCUCUGUGAUUAUCACUUUCUCAGUUGCUUCUGUUUUAGGCCUAUCCUUAAGUACAGUAAUUGGAAUAUGUGCCGGUGUGCUGGUGCUGCUGACGGUUGCUGCUAUAGCUAUUUACUUUACCAUAAAGAAACGCAAUCAAAGAAGACAUCAGAGAAAAUGCAAACAAGAGAAUGGCACCGAAAUGCAGAAUCCAAAUCAGAAUAGUGUGUCAGACCCUAAUCCGAAGGACUGUCUACUGAGAGACUCUCUACUGAGUAAACCUGCCAAUCUGACAUGCCAUAAUCAAGAAGAGCUUCGACUAAAUAUCUCUGCCAAUCAAACAUUCCUUAAUCAAAAAGAGCCUCAACUGAGUAACACUGCCAAUCAAACAUCCAAUAAUCAAGAACCUAUGCUAUUUAUAGAUGAAGGACAGGAGGAUGAGUAUAUACGUGGCACACCAGUUAUCCACCCAGAAAAGGGUGUAAUACUUUAGUAGCACAGAACAUUUUUAUGUCGAGUUUCUAUUAAUGCAGAUUAAAUGACCAAAGCCUGCACAUACUGUUCUUUGAGAUGUUGGUUAUUUUGUCUGCCAUUGUUUAUCUGUGGCUGAACAAUUUGAGCUGCUUGAGCACAUGCACAUGAAGGCGGGACAUCAGUGCCAAACAGCUAAUCAUAUCGACAGAAUUAGGCCAUAGGGUUGAGCCCUUCUAAAUGGAAGAUGCAACUAUCUAAAGGAUCAUGAGUGGAUCCUUUAGAUAGUUGAAGUUCUUAUCAGUUUUACCCUUUGCAAUCUUUCGUUCUGAAGUGCCUUUGGAAAUGGUUAGCACUUUGGUUUGGAAUAACACUUCAAUAUGGCGACCAUGAAUGUCACUCCAUACUGACAUUGCUGCUUUAACUGCUACUGUAGAACAACCAGCAAACUGCCUUUGGUCAGACAAAAGAAAAAAAGCUCAGGGAACAAACUUUUUUAAAGAUCAUGUAAUUGUUACGUUGCACAUUUUGUGUAUCUACACUUGUUAUUAACUUUUAUAAAUGUAACCGUUUACUAAAUGUACACUAAAUGUAUUAAUAUUGUUUGUACGGGUGCUGGAUAUGUAAUCUUUUUAAUCGAGGUUUUAGAUUAACCUAAAAGGGCUUUGAGCGGAAAUGCUUGAAGUUUCUGCCAACCUGACUCUACACCAUAACUUUUCAAUCCAGAUGGAUGGAGCAACCAUUACUGCAUCCAAAAUGGUAAAAAGCCUUGGAGUAACGAUUGAUGACCAACUAAACUUCUCUGACCACAUUUCUAGAACUGCUCGAUCUUGCAGAUUCGCACUCUAUAACAUCAGAAAGGUCCGACCCUUCCUAUCUGAACUUGCAGCUCAACUCAUUGUUCAAGCUCUUGUUCUCUCCAAACUGGACUAUUGCAACUCUCUACUAGCCGGGCUUCCAGCUAAUUCUAUCAAACCUCUUCAGCUGCUUCAGAACGCAUCAGCACGAGUGGUCUUUGAUGAACCAAAAAGAGCACAUGUCACUCCGCUACUCACCCGUUUGCACUGGCUGCCAGUUGCUGCUCGCAUCAAAUUCAAAGCUCUGAUGUUUGCUUACAAAGCGACCUCUAGCUGUGCUCCUUCUUAUCUGCUCUCACUUCUGCAGAUUUAUGUACCCUCCAGAAACUUGCGUUCUGUGAAUGAACGUCGCCUCGUUGUUCCAUCCCUAAGAGGGAAGAAAUCACUUUCCCGAACUCUCGCAUUCAGUUGGUGUAAUGAACUCCCGAACUGCAUCAGAACAGCAGAGUCACUUGCUGUCUUCAAGACACGACUAAAAACUCAACUAUUUAGUCUCCAUUUUCCUUACUAAUCUGUAACUGCCUCUCUGGCUAUACCACUAACUGUACUCUCUCUCUCUCUCUCUCUCAAAAAAAAAAAAAUAAAACUUUACUAAUGCUUAGCUUCUUAGACUUUACACACCUGAAACUUGUCUAUAGCACUUGUUCACUGCUGCUCUUAUAGUUGUGUAAAUUGCUUCCUUGUCCUCAUUUGUAAGUCGCUUUGGCCAACAAUUACUGUGGCAACUGUUUACUUUUACCACACUUGUAAAGCACUGGAAAGCAUUUAACAAUGUGCUUGAAAAGUGCCUAAAUCUGACCUCAGAAAAGGAGAAAGAAUCCUGAUUGUUAACACUUCACAGUAACUGUUAAUGGUAGCUCAAAAAGUGUAACAAGCAAGCAGAUUAUUUACUGGAGCUGCCAAGUUUGUCACUGUCUUUAACUUUGAGAAGAAAAAAACUGUUUUGUUAACAGUAUUCCUGACAACUGUGAUGAUUGUGAUGAUGGAGAAAAUUGUGUUGUUGUUUUGUUUGUUUGUUUAAUGAUGACAUAUAAGGGCAAAUUGGGUCGCUUUAAGAUUAAAACUACCAAAAUCAUAAAAAAUAAAUAAGGUAAUAUUAAAUCAUUAAAAGUUCAAAAUGUCGCGUCUAUUACCUCAAGUCUUUUUAGGCCAACCUGUGUUUUAUUUUUUGAAAAUAUCUGCAGCAUUUAUUAUUGAAAACACUUUCGAUGAACUACAAACUUUGCCCCAACACUCAUUUGUAUGUGUUUUAGAGUUCUACAUUUGCUAGUUACCAACAAAUGAAUGUGUCUCUAUUGGCCUCUGCUGGACGGUAGAUGUACAGUCUGAUAAUAAAAGGUCAUUGACAGUGAAAA